CAUCUUGCAGCCAAUUCUCCCUCUGUGCAGUUUCUGUUUCUGCCACUCUCGCACUCUCUACUUCUCUAGCAGCAGAUUUAAAAGAGAUACAUAAAGAAAAAGCUCUUCGCUCGCGGUUUUCCGAUUUUUUCUUCAACACUCUGCCGCAUAGUAUGUUUUCUACCUUCUAGGUACAAUUAUAGUCACAUAAAAUAACGAUUGGGGCAUGAACGUUGGCGUGAUCCAUCCUCAUCCUCACAAAUCAUAGGUUUAUGACAUUGAAUAUGGUAGCUAUAAUUAAUAAUUGGAAAUAAUUAUCGACGAUGCCGGAAUUGGCGAACAAAGAUUUGAACUCUCAACCGACCGAGGGUGCGAUCGAAGCUGCCUUGGCUGUUCCGGUGAAAGAGAAACGCUUGAAAAAUAGUCCCAAGGCUGGUAAAAGAGGAACAAAAUUGCCUCAGAAGCGGAGGAAGGAGGAUGGUCCUCACAAAGAAAACAGCAAGAGCAGUGACAAUGAUGAUCAGCAACCUCAAAAGGAGAGGAAAAGGAAGCGCAAGAGGAUUCUAGAGCCUGUUGAUGGGGAUGUUGCCCAAGAUAGCAUUGCAGUUUUCCUCAAACAGCCUCAUUUCAGAGAGUCUGAAGAGAAGCAAGAAAGAGAAAUGAGUUACAUGAUUUCUCUUGCUCUGAUCCCAUUGAAGGACUGCACUUCAUCAGAACAUCUAUUUGUCAUUAGAACUCACCUGAACGGACUUCAGCCGCAGCUCCAAAUCAAACAACUGGCCAAGAGUUUGCUUUUCUUCUACGUUCGCAACAAUUGUAGCCAUACCCUGGAAAGGCCUCUUCUUGCCUUGAUUCGGCUCCUGGCCGCCUCACAAUGGCCUCAAUUGGAAACUGCGGUGGUCGACGCAGUGCCCGACUGUCUCACUGUCCAAGAGGGCCCUCCUGUUGGCAACCUUGAGGCUGAAUUCUUGGGCCAUUUGGCUGGCUGGCUCAGUAUCAUUCAGAAAAGUCGAGGACAUCUGCUUGCCAUGAUGAGUGAAAUUCUUGGCCGUGGCGGACCACGAGCAGGUCCUUUGUGUUUGGGAGUUCUUAAGGUGUGGCCAGCGGCGCUUGGGAAGGGUCUUCUGGACGACUGUGUGCGCCAUGCUAUUUGGAAAUUGGUGGAGGAAAAGCCAUUUGAGACGUCUGACAAGCUCUGUCAGAUUUUAGAGAACUAUUUGAAGGAACCUCCACCUUCCCUUGAUGAAAUCUUGGAAAAUCUAGAGGCUGCGUUUAGCCGAGCAGAGUCACCAGCCGUCUUUGGAGCACUUUUGCUGGCCAGAAUUUACGGACCAAAGUGGAGCCAAAAAUACCUCCUGGAGACCAUUUUGAACCCAAUUUCUAUGCCUGACGAUGGUGUCAAUGCAGCUUCUCAGGCUGUCCACACCAUGGGUUUUAUUGGCCACUCUCUGGGCUACGGACGCAGAAGUGGUUGUGCAGCUGCCAGAAGGACCAUCACCACCUCAGUCCUGAAAGCCCUCGAGCUGGAUCAUGAUUUAGCAGAGGCAGCCGCGACUGCUUUUGUGGCCACUUAUGGCGCAGGCCGACCACUGAUGCUAAAGAGAUGCUUGCAGAGAAUCCCAGCUGAGUUUGUUGGAGAACAAUUCAAGCUCAGACUGGAGGCGUGGGGCCUCAAGAAUUUGGAACCGAUGUUUCGGUUGAAGAACCGAGAGAGAAGGGAAGCGGACCAAGAAGUUCCUGAGGACAACCAGAUUUUCAAUCUGAAAUUCCCUGAAACCGUCAAGGAACUUUUCUUUGAUGACUACAGCACCACAUUGCUUGAUGACGAGUUACGAUUUCCUGUUUGAGUUUUAUCAAAGCCAGUAGAAAUAGUAGAAUGCAUUAAUUUUCUAAAAAUACAACAUUUGAGUGAGAAAUUUCAUUAAAAAAAAUGCUACUAAAACUUGAAUGAUGAGAUCCACUAAUUAAUUGCUAUUCCAGACUAUUUAUGAAUAUUGGAACAUUUUGAAAUGUAAAAAUAUGAAAAGGAUUUAAAGUAUUUCAAAUGUAAAAUACAGAAAAAAGUAUAAAUCAGUAUAAAUUAUGUAAACCAUUGGUAUAAUCAGGAAUAUCUUGGAUGUCACUAAUUUUCCUAGCUGUUCAAGUAGAAGUUUGAUUUUUAUUUAAAACCAAUGAUAGAUUGUCUUUGUAUUAAUAAAUAAAUAAUAUUUUCGGUAGAACAAAGAAGUGGAAAAUUAUUCGAAUAGCAUUAUGAAGUACAUGAAUUUGCCACCUGGUUUUCAAAUUGUAAAACUUGGUAUUUUAAAAGUUUUUUAAUUUUAUUAAUUUACGUUAAUCAAAUUUAAUUUGAAAUUCCUGGAUUGAUUUAUUAAAAGCAAAAUAAUACUCGCAUUUGGUAAUGUGAGUUAGUGUUGAAAUAAUUGUUGCUAC